GAACUGAAGACGCGUUGGAGAAGCGUCUGCUAGUUUUCAGAAUUAACUGAAUUUGCACCAGCCACCAGACACUACAACUAGAAGACCCAAGAGAAAACCGAUCUACAGGUGCCUACUGUACUUGAAAGAUAGAAUCCAUGAUGACGAUGGAUGUGAAGGCGGAGACGCAGAAGAACAACUCCCCACAGGAGUGCGCCGGGUGUGGGAAGAAGAUAACCGAGAGGUACCUGCUGAAGGCGCUGGACCUGUUCUGGCACGAGGACUGCCUCAAGUGCGGCUGCUGCGACUGCCGCCUGGGGGAGGUGGGCUCCACGCUCUACACCAAGGCCGACCUCAUCCUGUGCCGCCGCGACUACCUCAGGCUUUUCGGCAACACGGGUCACUGUGCGGCGUGCUCAAAGGUGAUCCCCGCCUUCGAGAUGGUGAUGCGCGCGCGAAACAACGUCUACCACCUCGAGUGCUUCGCCUGCCAGCAGUGCAACCACAGGUUCUGCGUGGGCGACCGCUUCUACCUGUGCGAGAACAAGAUCCUGUGCGAGUACGACUACGAGGAGCGGCUCGUCUUCGCCAACAUGGCGUACAACCCGUCCAGCCUGGCGCACAUCAAGCGGCACCUGCCUCCACCGGUCAAAGCUCCCCCGACGCCCGGCGUCCACUCUGCUGAUGGCGGUGGCCGGACGCCGCCGCCCCACUCCACCCUACCCUACCCUGCCCUGCCGUGGCCCCAGCCCUCUCGCCCGCUCCUCGUCCAGGAACAGGCCGGAAGGAAGGACUGCCGACCCUGCCGCUGCCGCUGCCGCUCGCCGGACAUUCCUAUUGCCCGGGGCGGCUCCGGCGCUCUCCAGCAAAUCACGGCCCGGAUUGAUAGCCCGUUUUGA